CCGGGCUCCUCUGCUCCUGUGACCCUCUGCCGCCCAGUCGGGCCGACUCUGCCCUGACUCCGCCCUUCCCGGGGGUCCUCCUCCGUGGCUCCACCCUCCGGGCCCCGCCUCCUACUAGUGACUCUGUGGUGCCCCCUAGGCCUCGCGUGCGCUCCGCGGUUGCCCUUUGCCCGCGGGCCGGCUCACCUCGCGCGGUUGUCGUGGAGAGGGACGCGGAGGCGACGCCACCGCAGGCGGGUCCAGCUGGUGCAGGCGGAAGUAGAGACCCUUGAUUCAGCCACCUCCAGGGCAAGCCCCACAGAGUCUGGUCCUGCCUCCUCGCCCCCGUGAAGGUCCCCAGAGUCGCUGCGGACGGCAGAGGCAUGUCGGGGGAGGCAAGCGCACCACCCGCGACCUCACCCAGGGCCCCGCGUCCCGGGAUCCAGAAAUCAUCGGGUGCAGUGACCAAGAAGGGGGAUCGCGGGGCCAAGGAGAAGCCGGCGACCGUCCUGCCGCCGGUGGGCGAGGAGGAGCCCAAAAACCCUGAGGAGUACCAGUGCGCUGGCAUCCUCGAGGUGGAUUUCGCUGAGCUCUGCACGCGGUGCGGCUACACGGACUUCCCUAAAGUGGUCACCCGACCCCGCCCGCAGCCGACCUUCGCUCCCUCGGCCUCUACGUCGGAAAAGCCCACAGUAGAUGAUCAGCGAUUGUCGGGGUCCUGCAGCCUCAACAGCCUGGAGAGCAAAUACGUGUUCUUCCGGCCCACCAUCCAGGUGGAGCUGGAGCCCGAGGACAAGUCGGUGAAGGAAAUCUACAUUCGCGGUUGGAAGGUUGAGGAGCGGAUCCUGGGUAUCUUCUCUAAGUGUCUGCCCUCCCUCAGCCAGCUGCAGGCCAUCAACUUGUGGAAAGUGGGGCUGACUGAUAAGACCCUGACUACCUUCAUCGCCCUCCUGCCUCUCUGCUCAUCCACGCUCAGGAAGGUGUCUCUGGAGGGGAACCCACUGCCGGAGCAGUCCUACCACAAGCUCAUGGCAGCAGACAGCACGAUCGCGCAUUUGUCUCUGCGGAACAACAACAUCGACGACCACGGGGCGCAGCUCCUGGGUCAGGCUCUGUCUACGCUGCACAGCUGCAACCGGACCCUGGUCUCGCUCAACCUGGGCUUCAACCACAUCGGGGACGAGGGCGCGGGCUACAUCGCGGAUGGCCUCCGGCUCAAUCGCUCCCUGCUCUGGCUGUCCCUGGCCCACAACCGCAUCCAGGACAAGGGCGCCCUGAAGCUGGCUGAGGUCCUGCGCCCCUUCGAGCUGACACAUAUCGAGGUGGUGGAGCGCCGGCGCCUCCUGCUGGAGAAAGGUUCGCAGGAGCGCUCGCGAUCGCCUUCCACCUCUCGGCACGGGGACUCCAAAACAGAGCGUGACAAGAAUCAGCUGAUGGGGGUCAGCAGUUUUGCAUUGGUGGAGAAGGACAAGACGCAGACAGUGAAGACACCCAAGGGUCUGGGCAAGAAAAAGGAGAAGUCGGGGGAAGUGGUGAAGAAAGAGGAGAAGUCAGGGCCUGGGCAGUCACCUACACAAGGAACCCCUAAGAAAGAAGACUCCGCAAAGGCAGGCAAGGGGAAGGUAACCAUCCCUGAGCAGAAACUAAGCAAGGGAAAGGGGGCCAAGACUGGGAGCAAAGAGAAGCGCAGCAUCCUCAUGGAGUCUGAGCACUCGGGACAAAGCCUGGACUAUAACCGGCCCUCAAAACAUCAGCUGGUUGGGGAAGCUACUGAGAUGGUCAACCCUCUCCUGGAACCUGUGGAGCACCGCGAUGGCAAAGUUUUCAUGCCUGGGAACAAGGUCCUCUUGCACCUCAAUCUUAUCCGAAACCGCAUCACAGAGGUAGGGCUGGAGGCCUUCCUCACAGUGGUGCAGUACCAGGCACAAUUCGCCAAAUCCAAGAGCGCGUCCAAGGGCCCCGUGGGGCUGCUGUGGCUGUCCCUGGCGAAAAACUGCUUCUCCCCACAAUGUCCUGCGUACACUAUGAUCCAGGAGCUGAUGCUGCCAAGGGACCCCAUCAGUAAAUGCAAGCACAAAGAAGAGGAGCCCGUGGCUUCUUCCACCUAGCCCCCACCCCCUGCUUUUCCCGAUUCUGGGCCAUGGAAGUGCCUCCUUUCCACGUGUGGGCUGGACCUCCCUGGGGAAAGCUCAGAUCAUUAACAAAGUCUAUUGCUGUACUUCUUUCCUUGAAAGCUCUGUCCCAGAACUACUCAGAAUAUUUAGACUUUAUGCCUGUUGAAAGUGUGUUAAUAUGGCCAGAAAUGGCCAAAUCGCUUUAUGGUUCUGCUGGGGGGUGAUUUCAGCCCCUCUGGUUGUGGCCGGCCAGGGGCAUUGCUCUCCUGCCUCCUCAGGACCUAGUUCUUGCUUGCCCAGCCUACAGUCACCCCCUCCUCCCCCACCAAAGGACAUGUGAUAUGCCAGGGUUUGCAGUGUCUCUGGACUUAAGAGGCAGAAAGAAAAGUCUUGGGAGAGUAGCCAACAGGCACGGUGGAGGGGAAGAGUGGGUGGGGCAGAAGCAUGGAGUGCGGGCCCCACCAUUCCACCUUCUCACACCCCGUCCCCCUCUGGACUGGUUUGGAGGAGAGGUAAGGGCUCAGCCUGUGAAAACAGGCUGAGCUAGUGCGCCGCUUUGUUUGGAGAGGGUGCCGAAUCCCUCAUCAUGUUUGUAGCAAAGGCAAAGCACUAAACGUGAACCUUGAUGACACUG